UUAGACGUACAUUUCAUUAUGGCAAACAUGCGAUUAAUAUUCAUCAUCCAUUGGUUGCAAUAGUUGAAGUACCAAAAAGAAAUGAUAUAUUGCUUAUUAGAUGCAUCGCUUGGCAAAUCCAGAAAAGCAUUAAUAUCACCUGAAAGCGGAUUUUUAGCUAUGACCCUUCUUACCAUUCAUUGUUGGAAAAGAUUCUAUGAGUCACAUUAUGUUAAUGUUUUUUCUGAUAAAAAAAUGCACAUAUCUCAUUAUUUAGUUGGAUAUUUACAUUAUACGGGAACAUUAAUUAGUAUCUUGGGUGAAUUACACGGUUUUGUUCGAGAUUCAGAUAAAUCAAUCGAUUGGCAUAAUUUAACGUUCUUACAAAUAGUUUGCGCUAAUAUAUUUUUAUUGUCUUCGUUGAUGCAAUUGCAAUCUAAUUUUAUCUUAGUCAAUUUGAGAAAAUCUAAUAACAAAGUUGUUUUCGACGGAUACAAAGUACCACACGGUGGUCUAUUCGAAUAUUUAUCAUCGCCGUUGCAAUUAACAGAAAUUAUAAUUUAUUUAUCGGUAUCUGUAAUUCUUUGGCAAAGUAAUACGUUUCAUUACGUCACACUUUGGGUAAUACUUAACCAGGUGGAUUGUGCUAUAAUGGAACACAAAUGGUAUAAACAAACUUUCCAAAACUAUCCGAAGAAACGGAAAAUCUUAAUUCCAUAUUUAUUUUAAAUAGAAUUAAUAUUAUCUCUGUUAUUUAUAUAAUAUUUAUAAUCUAUUUAUAAACU